ACGGCCGUUUCGAAAGAAUCUGAGAGAAGACAUUACGCGAUCUCCAACCUCCAUACCUCGCCUCCCUCUUUGUUAAUUUUUUUUCCCAUCUAUUGAAAAUAAUUAUUAUUUUCGAUCCCCAAAAUUUUUUUUUGGUUUAAAGAAUUCAAUAAAAGAAAUAUAAAAGAAAGAGUAUUGAUCUUCAAGCACUGUUGAUUGAUUUUGGUGCUUUGUUGUUACUUGAUGCGGGGAUUUGCCUGAAGGUGUUUUUGGUUUUGGGGAUGGUUACAGGCAGUAACAUAGAUAUGCUACCAACUAUAGAUAAUGGUUUAGAAAGACAUGGUGGGAAUUUGGAAGAUAGUUUCACUGAGCUAGAAUUGAUUUUGCAAGCGCAUCGUAAUCAACAAUUUGUAGGUCGUGAAAGGGAUCUUAAUAUAUAUAGGAGUGGCAGUGCUCCACCUACAGUUGAGGGAUCCUUGAGUGCUGUUGGUAGUCUUUUUGCUAAUCCUGAUUUUGGAGACAUUAAUGGCAUAACUGCUGUUGCUGGUAGUAGUAGUAGUAGCAAUAAUGGAAUGCUGUCUGAAGAUGAGAUACGCUCACACCCUGCAUAUCUUUCAUAUUAUUACUCCCAUGAAAACAUAAAUCCAAGGCUGCCUCCACCGUUGUUAUCAAAAGAGGAUUGGCGUGUUGCACAAAGGUUUCAGGCUAGUGGGUCUUCCCUUGGGAACAUUGGGGACUGGAGAAAGAAGAAGUUGGUUGAUGGCGGUGAUAGUUCGUCCUUAUUUUCAAUGCAGCCAGGUCUUUCUGUACAACAAGAACAAAAUGAUUUGAUGGAACUGAGGAAUACCAAUGCAAGGAAUACAUCUAGAAAAAUGUCAGCUGAGUGGCUUGAUAGAGGUUCAGAUGGUUUGGUUGGGCUGUCUGGUACUGGGCUUGGUGCAAGGAGGAAGAGUUUUGCUGACAUUCUUCAGGAUGGACUUGAUCGACCUGCCACCUUAUCAGGCCAUCUCUCACAGCCAUCAAGUCGCAAUGCUUUUAGUGAUAUGUUGGAUGCAGCUAGCAUUGCUGAUCCCAGUCCACCAGGUUUUCAUAAUGCAGCAGAGUCCAUAGAGAGCUUGCCUGCUGGGGUAGCUCGUCCAGGUGUGGUAGGAGUUCAGAGCCAUGGUAAAACUACUUCUCACUCUUUUGCAUCUGCUGUAGGUUCAUCAUUAUCGAGGAGUACAACUCCUGAACCAUAUUUAGUUGGGAGGUCUUCUGGUUCUGGACUUCCUCCUGUUGGGAGCAAGGUUGGCCAUGCAGAAAAAAAGAAUAUCAUUGGAUCUAAUGUCCAAAAUGGGCAUUCUUCUGCUGUGACUGAACUUUCUGAAAUUGGAGCUACAUUAUCUGGGUUGACCUUAUCGAAAACUAGACAUGCAGAUGAGAAUAGUCAUAUGCGGUCUCAGCUUCAGGUUGAUCUGGAUAAUCAGCUAGAUUUUUCAUUCAAUAUGCCCAAUGGUCAUAAUCAGAGUUUGCAGCAGCAAUUCAUUGACAAGUCCAGUGCUGAAAAGCUUGCAUUUCCUACCAACCAUAUCGACUUGGCAAGGAAAAAGGGAAUUGCACCUAAUAUUAAUGCUUAUAAUAUUAGUUCCAAUGGACAAGUCAGCAUUCCCAAAAGAACUUCCUCUUCUGCAGAUCUUUACGCAAAAGUGCAUCCUUCAGGCCUUGGAAGUUUGGAAGUAUGUGAUGUUGGCCAUCCUAAUGUGAAUCUUGCAAACACAGAUUUCAUUGGCCAACUACCCAGUGCUUAUUCUGUUAACCAGAAGUUGAAUUCAGCGAUUAAGAACCAUUUAAAUGCAGGUUCCCCUUUGACUGGUACUGGGGAUAGGCAAAGUUUAAAUAGAGCUGGAAAUCAAGGGGCUGACCUUCUUUCUCCACUUAUGGAUCCUCGUUAUAUCCAGUACUUGCAAAGAACUUCUCAGUAUGGGGCACGAGCUGCAGCUAGCCCUGAUUCUCUGCUUUCUGGGAACUAUGUUGGUACUCUGCAUGGGGAUUUGGAUGGCCUUCAAAAAGCAUACCUUGAGGCAAUAUUAGCUCAACAGAAGCAGCAGUAUGAACUGCCACUUUUAGGUAAAGCUGCUGCUCUGAAUCAUGGCUAUUAUGGGAAUCCCUCGUAUGGUCUUGGCAUGCCGUUUGCUGGAAAUUCAAUGGCAAAUUCUGUACUCCCCUCUAUUGGUUCUGGAAGUAUACAGAAUGAUAGAACUGCACGUUUUAAUUCAAUGAUGAGAACCUCAACAGGAGCAUGGCCCUCAGAUAUUGGUAAUAAUGUGGAUGGAAGAUUCAUAUCAUCUUUAUUAGAUGAAUUUAAGAACAACAAGACUAGGUGUUUUGAACUCUUAGAUAUCAUUGAUCAUGUUGUUGAAUUCAGUACGGAUCAGUAUGGUAGUCGCUUUAUUCAGCAGAAAUUAGAAACUGCCACAGAGGAAGAGAAGACCAAAAUAUUUCCUGAGAUUAUUCCCCAUGCUCGCGCUUUGAUGACUGAUGUGUUUGGAAAUUAUGUCAUACAGAAAUUUUUUGAGCAUGGUACAGAAAGUCAAAGAGCAGAGUUAGCCAGUCAACUUACUGGUCAUGUGUUGCCUCUCAGUCUUCAAAUGUAUGGUUGCAGAGUGAUUCAGAAGGCUUUGGAAGUUGUUGGUGUGGAUCAGCAGACUGGAAUGGUGGCAGAGCUUGAUGGUUCAAUCAUGAAAUGUGUUCGUGAUCAGAACGGUAAUCAUGUUAUUCAGAAGUGUAUAGAGUGUGUCCCUCAGGAUCGAAUUCUGUUUAUCAUAUCUGCUUUCCAUGGCCAAGUUGUCGCUCUUUCUACCCACCCUUAUGGUUGUCGUGUCAUUCAGAGGGUUCUGGAACAUUGCGAUGAUGUAAAAACCCAACAAAUUAUUAUGGAUGAGAUCAUGCUAUCUGUAUGCACUCUGGCACAAGAUCAAUAUGGGAACUAUGUUAUUCAGCAUGUUCUUGAACAUGGUAAACCACAUGAGCGAUCUGCUAUUAUCAGCAAGCUUGCAGGACAAAUCGUGAAGAUGAGUCAGCAGAAAUUCGCUUCUAAUGUUGUCGAGAAGUGCUUGACUUUUGGUGGGCCUGAGGAACGUCAAAUUUUGGUGAACGAGAUGCUUGGUUCUACUGAUGAAAAUGAGCCAUUGCAGGCCAUGAUGAAAGAUCAAUUUGGAAACUAUGUUGUGCAAAAGGUUCUUGAGACUUGUGAUGAUCGGAGUCUUGAGUUGAUUCUCUCUCGAAUCAAGGUACAUUUAAAUGCCCUGAAGAGGUACACUUACGGCAAACAUAUUGUUUCACGCGUUGAGAAGCUUAUUGCAACUGGAGAAAGGCGCAUAGGAUUACUUUCGUCAUUGGCCGCCUAAAUAAUCCAUGUAUAAAAGCAUAUAUGGCACUCUACUUUUUCUGUGCUGCCACGACAAGACUGGAAAUAGAUGCAAAUUGUACAGCUGACAUGGAGGGUGAGUAAAAAAAAAGUUGAUAGAUAAACACCAAUCCAGUAGUAGUAGGACUAGAGAAUAAGAUGGUGCCUUGUCGAUAUUUAAUUGUAUAUUCAAAGAAGACUUGUUGUAGGGAAGGUUGUGUUGGAUGAACAAGAGCAGAGCAGAGGAUGAGUUAUAAUUUUGGGUAUCCAUUCUGGAAGUGGAUAUAUAGAUUGUAAAGCAGAAGCUAUGGAUGUAAAUGCUUAGAGUGAGUUGCAAUCAAUAUUGAGAAUUUUUGCUUGCAUUUAUUAUGUAAAUAUUACCUCAUAUUCUUAUCUCU